AGGCUACACGAUUGACAUUCGAAGCCCGAUACUUGUUGUUCUUAUUCUGAAUUCUCGGGGUUAUCGCUCACAACAAAUGCCUUGCGUGGAGGAAGUGGCCGGGCAGUUAAGCGUUUGGGGAAGUGAACGUUUGUCCCAUAUCGAUGGGCAUUUUGGAAGGUUGGAAGUCGAGAGAGGAUGACGGUGUUGAACCGUGAUCUCUGCUUUGUUUCAUAAUCUCCAUAAAAGAAGGACCACGUGGGGCAGGAGCAGUUCACUUUUCUUCACCUCUUUUCUAUUUGUGCCAUUAGGAGCAUCUAAGGGGAAAAAAGCCUAAUAUUAUGAAAAGCCAUAGAUUUAUUCUACUCGUGAGUAAAAUGUUAGAUGCUCUUGGCUUUACUGUCUGUGAAUCAUGAUGUCUUUCCUCCCAUGAAGGAUAAAUAUGGCAUUCAUUCCAACCCAUUUAGCCCAUUAUUCCUUUGUGUAUAAAAUAGGCCCAAUUAAGACAUUCUUUUGUUAAUUUCUGCAUUCUAUGUAUGGCUAGAAAGAGUUUAAAAAUAUCCAUCGCAGCAAAUGUCUUUGAAUGCCUCUUGCAUACUGAACAUACCAUUCACUCCUUCCCCCUCCCCAAUAUUCACACUUAAUAAUGGAGUUUUUAUUUUGGCCUUAGAACAGGUAUAGGGACGGAUCUUCCCACUGGCCCACAUUCGGAUCAAAGUGUCUGGAGAUAUCAGUUGGUUUGACAAAUGUUUUCCAUUUUCACCCAGAUGUUUGGCACUGUCUAAGUCUAACUUCAGAGUAUUUUUUUUCCCUCUUCAUGUGAUGAUUCAUUCACAGUUGUCAAGGUAUAUCCCAAGAGAGGGGUCGAAAUGUUGACAUUUUUCUUCAAGAGUCAAAAAAACAAACAAACAAACAAAUAAAAAAGAAAAGAAACUGCCUUAUGCUUCUUCCAGUAAUUAUGCUUAACUGAACUUCCAGUAUGUGCUUAAGAAACUCCCUGGAAUUUCACUAUUGCAUUCGGCAGCGUUUCCUUGGGUCCCCCAUCCUUUUUGUAUUCUUUUGGGAGGCUUGCCAUCUACUUGUCCUUUUUAUAGCGAAACGGGGAAUCAAAGUAACAAGGACACAAUUUAGCAGAGUCGAGACAAAAGGGAAAGCGGUUUCCGAGACAGGAGCGAAGAAUUUGACUUGAAUUCACUGUUAUCUAUCUUCUGCUUCCUCCUUAUAAAAUGUGUAUUGUGUACCUCUGGAAGAUGAAAUUGGCAUCGUUGUCUGUGCAAACUAGCAAUCCCCCAAGAUGCUGUAACAGUUAUUAGAAGGCUCCAGUAGCUCCAGCAAGGUUGCUCUGAAUGACAUUACAAGGCUUUCUAUUUAAAAUUGUUGCUUGCCGUGACAGAAUGAACACAGAAGACAUUUGUGCCACAAGUGAAACACAGAGAGACAUAAACAGUAUUGUGGAUGGAUGAUCCUUUCCCAGUACUCACUAUCAUUUCGCGAUAUUACAUGGCUGAUCCUUUGAGAAGAAGACAAAAUUCAUUCUUUUUAGGAAGAAAUCUCUUUCUCCUUUAAUAUCUUGCUAUGCAGAAUUGAACUGUAUAUUUUUCUCUUCAGCACAAGUGGAAGAGUUUGUGUUUGUGUGUGUAUAUGUGUUCAAUUUCCAAAUGAGAUAGUAUCUCUUAAGUGCUCUGGACCUUUUGAGUUAGGAUGAUGAUGAUUAUUAAUCGACUAACAUAUGCUCUUAGGACAACAAUAGAUCCUACUUUGCUAUGGGACAGACUGGAGGGCCAGUAAGUUUAAUUUUGAAAAUUGUCUGUGUUUGCCUUUUAUUUCAUUCACUUAACCAAAAAAUUAAAAAAAAAGGAGCAUUGAUUAGAUACUAGAUGGAGGCUGCUUUCCUUUGGGGGGUAAUUUCUUUGGUUCGGAGUUCAGGGUUCUCUGCCUGAGCUUCGGGCCCCACUCUGGAUCACACCCCACCGGGGAGCUUGCCAGUCAGGAGGGCUUCUCUGCCGAAAUCCAAGCUUCAGUGUGAGCCUUGGCCCUAGCUUGCCCCCUCCUCCCUGGCUCCUCAUUGGUCAGCCGGCUGUGCUGGAGGUGGCUGAUUGACAGCAUGCAGGAAUUCCCCCCAGUAUAAAUAUAGCCCGGUGCAGUUACAGACUUCUCCAGACCCCCGGGGCAGAGGACUUUCAGUCAGGAAUGUCCGCAGACUGCUCAGAGGAAGGAAGGCAGUUUCCUUUCCUCCAUCUACUCCACUAUAGCUUUGGAGGAGAUCUCUUAGUAGACCUGGCUAAAAUCUCUCAGGAUUUGGAAGGUUUGCCUGGCUGUUCCACAGCCUACCCAGGACACUUGAAUUUUCCGAAGAUGUUUGAGUUGCUGAACACAGCUAAUGAGAUGGAUGACAGCCACUAUGAACAGGAUCGGAAUGCACUUAAAAGAAAAGAAUGGGAACGGAGAACUCAAGAAGUCCAGCAAGAUGAAGAUCUCUUUGCAUCAGGUUUCAGUCUUUUUGGGGAACCCUACAAGAGUGAAGAUAAUUUUUGCUACGAAAAAAGAAAUGAACCAGCUAAGGACUCUCAGUGGAUAAAAACAAACAAAGGUGAUGCACUUGCCAGCCGCGUCCAGAACACACUGGGAAACUAUGAUGAAAUGAAGGACUUAUUAACCAAUCAUUCCAAUCAGAGCCAACUAGUGGGAAUCCCCAAGAAUUCUGUACCCCAGACUCCCACUGAAAAAAAUGAAUCAAGUUUUUUUCCUGAACAAAGGAACCGGAUGAUCGUACCUCAUCAGAGCUGUAGCAAUUCAACAGCAUCAGUGCCUCCCCCGACUUCAGUGACUCCGAGUUCAAGUGUAUUACACAGUCAUCAGACCAUCAAAAAAGCAAGAGGUGAUUGGCAACGAGCUGGUCACAGCUCCACCAUUACUCAGGCAAACCAGUCCACUGGGCAGCCUAGUCGGAUGAAAAAUGGCUCUUCCCAUGAUCAGCCUCAAGGCAGAUAUGAAGACCUGUUCAACUGUCCAACGGAACAGUCCAAAAAUGGAGGAAUGGAGGAUACCAGCAUGGUACCAGUAUCUCAUGCAAGAAGACUUAGCCAUUCAAAGUCCAAUGGUGGAGAGGCUUCUUAUAAAGAGAGCAUUCAAUGCCCAUCCCCAAUAGAUUUUGAAUUUUUAGCAAAUGGGCCUAUUUCUCCGCUCCCUUCCACAUCUUUACUCUCUGCAGCCAGUAGUCUUGCGAUUCAAAAUUUCCCACAAGGCCUUUACUGCAAAACGAGUGUGGUUCAGCAGAAGCCUACCGCGUAUGUGAGGCCCAUGGAUGGUCAGGAGCAACUAUCAGACUUCUCCCCAACAAUGAAGCCGUUGCUCGAAAUUGAGAAUGGAUUUUCAAGUCAAACAUUUGGGACAGUGCUGGAGGGAAAACCUAGUGCAGCCACUUCAAAGACUAAACUCACAAAGCUCACCAUCCCUCAGCCAAGUGAAAUCAAUCUUUCUAAUGAUCCCAGCUGUGUGGAAGACAUUUUAAGGGAGAUGACUUACACCUGGCCUUCACCUCUUUCUGCAAUUCACACUCCAAGAAAAGCAGAACAAAGUAAAUUUUCCAUCUCAGGCAAGGAUCUACAACUUUCGACCUCAGGAUACAGUGCACAAAAGUGGAGUGACCAAGACAUCAAAGCACCAACCAAACUACCUAUAUCACAAAAAUCAAUGCUUGAAGACGAUCUGAAAAUCAGCAGUGAUGAGGAUGAAAAUGAACAGGACGUGGAAAAGGCAAAAGCCACGGACAUUCCUUCAAAUCCAACGCUGCCGCCUGUCCCGGAGCCCCCGGUCAUCGCCUCCAGCGGGGGUUCUGGAAGCUCCAGUGAAUCGGACAGCAGUUCGGAGUCUGAUUCUGACAGCGAGAGCUCCUCAAGUGACAGCGAGGGCAACGAGGAGUCCCGCAGCAAUACUCCUCAGCCAGAUCCACCUUCGACCAACAAAUGGCAGCUGGACAAAUGGCUCAACAAAGUGAACCCGCAUAACAAAACAAUUAUAAGCAACCAAAAUGAGACAUCCAGUGAGAAUAAUACUCUACUUUCCAUCACCCCACAAACCGAAGCACAGAAUAAAGGAAAAGUCAAUCCUGGCCUGUUUCAGAUCGAACCCAAAGAGAGGCCUCUGCUGAGCCCUCUCAGAGAGAAAGCACGUCAACGGCUCCUCCAGAAACCACCACCUCCUCUAGAGGCCAAAAACUCCAAGCAGAAGUCACCCGCUCCAAAUGAAGCAGCCCCUCAGAAGAUCAUGGGCAAAAAGCAACCCCAAAAGGUCGAAAGGACACCCAGCACCGAAGAGUACCCCUGGCCUAGACCAAAUAUUCAUCCCAGCAACACUCCCAAAGACAAAGACACGCCGGAACACGGAGAGCAGGCCAAAGCACGCAACAGAGCAGCAGUUGGAAAACUGGCCCCAAGGAAAGAACCCAAACUUACGGCAGCGUUUAUUGCCGAAAAAAAGAAGUUGAGAGGCCCUGGAAAAAUCGUUCCCAAGUCUCGAGAAUUUGUUGAAACCGAUUCCUCAACUUCAGACUCCAACACGGACCAAGAAGAAGCCUUACAGGUUAAAUCGGGGCCUCCCUGUCCCACUCCGAUCAGCGCCCCCAAACCGAAGGAGACUCCGGGCAACGGCAUUGUCAGCGUCAGCACUUUAAGCGGAAGCAGCAGUAACAGCAGCAUCUGCACGGAUGUCGCUGCCGCUGAAGUGGAGGAGCAGCUUUUUUCACCUCUGCCCAUUGUGCAAACUGAACUUUUGUCCCCAAUACGCGAUAAUGACGAUGCUAAUUCACUUUGGGUCAAAAUAGAUCUUGGCUUACUGUCUCGAGUACCUAGCCGAGAGCCAGCUGAAACCACUUCCACCAAGACCGAUGCCAGAGAAAAUAAUGCAAAACAGCCACAGCCACAGCCGGCACAGCCCCCACAGUCCCGAGAGUCACCUGGUCCUUCAUUUGCUGAAAAGGUGCCGGCCAAGAACAAGAGGAAGUACAAGUCAGCUGAUCAUCUGGACCCGUUCACUGACAACAAGAAGCAGCGACUAGAUGAUAUCCCACCAUCCUGUCUGCUUCCACCUUGCAUUUCACCAAUACCCAAUAGUAACAGAUUCCCCAGCACUAAAGAAAACAAUCCAGCCAAAAAAGUGACCAAGAAGAGAGAUGACAAGCUAUUCCCACCUCCACUGUCCCCCUUGUCGGAUGAACCCUUACAGCGACGUGCCAGUUCUGACAGCAACAAUUCCUCCAGUCAGGAAGUUCCCAUGCCUACUGCUUUUCCGGCCGCCAGCUGUUCUUUUUCCAGACCCAGAAAGAAUGAGACCAAGACCAAUUUAAACUUCAGAAUUUGUGGUGAAGACAACUACAGUCGGGGUCCCAGCGUCGGGCUUCUGGAUAGUAAUCAAUUGGAGAUGGCUACUUGGUCUUCGAUGUCCUCCCUCACCAAUGGGAGCUCAGAGUCCAGAAGACCUCGGAUUCAUUUUGAUGACAUGCCUCACAAUGCCGACUAUUACAUGCAGGAGGCCAAGAAGCUGAAGCACAAAGCCGAUGCACUGGCAGAGAAGUUUGGCAAAGCCGUAUAUUAUACCGAUGCGGCCCUUUCCUUCAUCGAGUGCGGCAAUGCAAUGGAGCGGGACCCAUUGGAAGCGAAAUCUCCAUACACCAUGUACUCUGAAACUGUGGAGCUCAUCAGGUACGCUCUGAGACUCAAGAACUUCACGUGCUCUUCUGCCACAGAAUGGGACAAGAGACUUGCAAUUUUAUGUUACCGAUGCCUAUCACUCCUGUACUUGAGAAUGUUUAAACUAAAGAGGGACCAUGCUAUGAAGUAUUCCAGAUCUCUGAUGGAAUAUUUUAAGACUUCUUCCAAGGCUGCCCAGAUACCAUCUCCAUGGGGAAGCUGUGGAAAGAGCACAGACGCACCAUCCCCUUUGUCUCUCAGCCCUUCAUCAUCAAGUGCUUUACCAUCCCUGGGACCUAUUGUCAUUCCUCAUCGAAUCCACCACAUGGCAGCCAGCCACGUCAACAUCACUAACAACGUGCUUCGUGGCUACGAACACUGGGACAUGGCUGACAGACUGACCAGAGAGAACAGAGAAUUCUUUGCAGAUUUAGAUUCACUGAUGGGGCCUUUGACUCAACACAGCACAAUGACCAACCUGGUUCGUUACAUCCGCCAAGGACUGUACUGGCUUCGCCUAGAGGCCAGCCUGUCCUAAUGUCCUAACGACCGUCAUCUUCAUCAUCCCAUAGUUCUACCUCUACCAGCAUACUGAUGAUCACUGGUGGAACUCCACUUAUUUGGGAAACAUUUUUUGGUUUGUGUGUUCAUUUUAUGCCUCUUUUGAUAUCUGUGGGAAGCAGGAAUCAGUCAGUGUAAGUGGACAUUACACCUCCAGAAUAGUACACGUUUAAUCACCUAGCUAUUUCAGGUCAUUUUAGCUCCAUCUUUCCAACCAUGAAUCCCUUCUAUGCUUUACAAAAUACUACAUUCCCUGCAGUCUUGCUUCAUGUCCACACUGCCUAAAACUAAAAAUGGAAAGAAAGCACUUUGUGAAGAUGACGGAUUCCUGAGAAAUAAAGCAUAAAUGUCUUACCGAUUUAUAAGAAGAGAAUUUUAGACACAGAGAACCUGCAGAGAUUAAAAUUUUAUAAAUCAUAUAGCUGUCCCCCAAAUCUAAACUCAUAUGAGCCAGAAAAAAAAAGAAAAAAAAAAGCCUUUCACUGCUUCAUUCCUAGUCAGGAUUCAUGGCUGAAGUUUUGUGUUUUCCAUACACUUGAUCUUCAGUGACAAUUUUCAUUGUGAAACUUCCUGGGGAGAUGUCCCAAUAAUAUCUGAGAACCACCAGUGUUAGAAAACAAAGCAACACAGCAAGGCUACUCUAAAGAUGCUAACCAGCAUGCUAUUAGAGGCUUUGUCCCAUUGUUUUUUUUGUUUUUGUCACCUGUCCUAAUCUCUGCUGUCAGAUUGUAAUAGUAAAGAAUAACAAUUUUUACAAAAAAAAGAUAGGAUGGGAAAGAGGGUGACAUUUGUUUUGAGUGGUUUGGGCAGUCUACUGGCACAUUCCCUUUCCAUUCUGGGACUUGACACACGUUUUAAUCUUUCUCUAGACUUCCCUUGGAGAAAGGCUCUCCUUGAAUACAUAUGUAUGUAUGUAUGUGUGUGUGUGUAUCACACACACACACACACACUUCAGUAGGAGUUGCAAAAUCUAAUAUUACACUAUAGACAUGGCUACUUCAGAUGGGAGCCAUCUGGAGGGCCCUUGACCCAGUAAUUAACCCUGAUAAUUCCUGCUUUAGAGCCAUUCCUCAUAUUCUGUUGGCAGGUUGGUACUCUUUCACAAAAUAGAUGACAAAGUCCAAGUUUUCACUACCUAGGAGUAAUACUGUACUUGGAUGACCUACUGUAUGCAUUCUGUACUUGGCCCUGUCAGCUCUCCAAAGUCCCCAUUGUCAUAUGGGUAUUUUUGCUGAUUAGCCAAACAAUCAAUUGGGGUCAAAUCCAUUCAAGCCUAUACACCAUCAUGAAACAAUUGAUAGGAAAUCCCAAAGAAAAUUGCCAGUGAUCUGAAUAUUCGUGGAACUGUUUUUACUUUGAAGGAAAAAAACAUAGGUUGUAUGGUAAUACAUUUUUAAAAAUCCUGAAGAUCUCAUCACCAAACAUGUCACUCAGUUUGGCCAUGUUUCCCCAUUAGUUCCAACUCACCAUCCACACCUUUUACCAUGCUUAAAAUUGAAUUUACGUCCAAAAAUACCACAGUGGAAAAUUAUACUCUCCAUCUCAUCAUACACCUAUGAGACAUCAUCCAAACUUUAGCUCAUCAUAUCUGCCUCUUAAGGCAAAACCCAGACUAGUCUUUAAUCUGCUGUUCACUAAGUUACAGCCAGAUUUUUUAAAAUGUGAUUGAUUUUCAAUCUGAUCUUGCAGAUUGGGGCUGAGAGGAAUUAGGGAAGGCUCAUUCAGAAUGGUAUUUUUCUGGAGGUAGGGACGCAUGGGCAUCUGCAUCGUAAGAAAACCAACUUGCUGGUCUUGGGGGAAUUCAAGUUUUCCACCCGCCAGCCCUGUGUAAUGCAAGGUCAUUGUCUAGACUCGGACAAUCGAGCCAGACAGCUGUAAUCCAAGACUACUGUGAACUCCUGAAUGGAGACUUCUCAAAACUUCAUCUCCACAAAUACCACCACAGAGUGCCAGGGCAGUUUCUCAAGGAAACUUACAUAUUAGCUUCCCCUUGGCAGUUGUAGAAGGAAGAUUCAUCUCGGAUUCCAGGAUAUUUUCAUCUCUCCUUGACGUACAAUAGGUAGGAGGCAAAGAAAUCUCCUACCUGAUUUUGCCACCUCCAGUGGCUAAAUUUCCAGGGUCUGCCAACAGCAGCAGCAGCAGAAUCUGAAAGUCUGACAGACGAGUUUAGGCUUAGCAGCCAGAUCAUACCUGACCGGUCCUGUGUCAAAAACAGCUUAAGGAUCAACAAAACAUGGAGGGUGUACCAUCUGAGGGGAUGACGCUUUUGAUUUUGUUGUUAAGGAUUCGUACCGGUUUAUCGUUUGCAACAUAGAGUUGUCUGUAAUGUGUCUUAGGUAUGGAAGCAUUCUAGGGUUGGCCGUGUUGACGUGUUCAGCACAUUUCCACAGCUCUAAUGCUCAGGACAGAAUAGAGGCGGAGGUCCCUUCUGGUGAUGACGGAGAGGAGGCGUAACUCCUUAGCCGUCACUUAUUUAACAACGAGGGACUGUCAUGAGAGCAGCAUCAUGGAAUCUGCUGCAACUGACAGGCAUUUAGGAAAGCCAAGUACUUCCUAGGUUCCAUCAAUGCUAAGACAGAGAAGCCCCAACCCUCUUCUCUAUGGGUACCGCCCAGCCAGAAUGCAAUACCCUCUUUGAUAAUCCAAAAUACCACUUGUGGCAGUGUGAAAAGUUUCUGUUCGGCUUUGGCUUGGGUAUCAUUUUUAUUGUUUGUUCGUGGUGUUGUCUUUUUCCCGUCUCACUGUGGUAGGGAGGAUUAUUUUGAAAAUUAUUUAGUAGUGUGAUACUAAGGAUAGAAUUUUGCCAUUAAGUAUGUGGCUAGCCAGCCUGUAGACCGCUAAUCAUUGAACAAUUUGAUUGAGAAAACUGGUAUUUUUUUUUUUUUCUGAUCGGGUAACACCAUUGCAAAGGUAGAUGAGCUGUUGCUAGUGGGAAAAGAUUCAAGCUUAAGGUCUCCUUUUUUCCCAUCAGAGUAGAAUGAUACACAUCUGCAGUCAGUAAGUAGAUAAAUUAGAGCUUUUAGUGAAAUUGUGUUUUGAUCAUAUUUUGGGACAUUCUACCACCGAACCAUAUAUAUUCCAUUCAUUCAUGUCAUCUUAGUUGUUUUGAAAAGAUUUUUUUAUCAUCUUUCCUGCCACAAAUUUCUGAUGUUUUAUUAAGAUUCUCCUUCUGGAGGUGGUUUUGGAAAGCAAUUUUUCAAUCAUGAAUGGAGUUCCCAGAAUCCUAGGUACCAAAUAACCAACUUCUUGACAGACAAGGGGACUACAUGACCUCCAAAUCAGUCAUUUGCCCUCUUAGGGUCCCUUUUAUCAUCUGUGAAACAACAAAGGGAGUUAGAUCAAGUGGUACUCUCGCUUGGGUCCCUCCUGCCUCUGUGUUUCUGGGUGAAGGAGCUGGCAUUUGAUGGCCCUUUUAUUGAAACACUGGGUCAAUACCAUUUAUAACCACGCACGCGCGCGCGCGCGCACACACACACACACACACACACACACACACACACCUUGCUUUGAAUUAUAAUGAAGUUAAGCCAGUUGCUUGAUGGAAGGCAACCCAAACAACUGGCUGAAGGAUAGAUAUUUUUUGUUUGUUUCUUUUUGCACUUCAACUGCUACUACCUAACACAGCCUUAUUUGCAUAAUUCAAAUCAAAUCAUUUUCAUUGGGAUUAGUGAUAGAAACAAUAUCUGCAUAUUUGACAUCCCAAACCAGAUAGGUGAGUAGAUCAGCUAGCAUCAGAUAUUAGUUAGAACAUCUACUAUUUUAGGGUAAAGAGAGAGAGAGCUGUCCACCUCCCUUUCCGUUUUCCACCUCAUGAAAGUGGAGGCCCUCUUCAAAUACCAUCACGUUUUUCUCCGUAAUCAGACAAGUAACCGAAGAUUGCAUUUUGUGUAUAUGAGGGGAACGGGGUGGGGGGAACCCUCUGAGCCAGAUUGCAGUUGGGGGGAAGGGGAGAUAACCCUUCUGAGCCAGAUUGGGGGGGAGGGGGGAGGGAGGGUAUCUUUCUGAGCCAGAUUGCAGUUAUAGGGAUGGGCAGGGGUGGGGGGAACCUUUGUGAGCCAGACUGCAGUAUUUGCCCCAUUGGGAUCCUGACAAGCAGGGAUAAUCGAAACCUUCCUACUAGGCCCAUGCAAAGUCAGGGGAUGCUGAACUGCAUUUUUAGAAUCAUUAUAAAUAAUCAUUCUUGUAAGAGACUGGAGAUUGUUCCAUUUUAUCAUCUGUGUAGUGUAGAAAAGCAAAUAUUUGCUAAAAUUCAUUUAAGCUGCCAAAUGCAUGUUGGCUAGUAAAUAGUACACGGUACCUUACCCCCCAGCCUUGGUGGAAAAGUUAGCUUUUGAAUUUUUCCUUGACCUUAAGGUGGGACCUGGAAGGUAGGGGACAUGGGUGGUACAAUCAAGAGGCCUUUAAAAACCCCAGCCCUCUCUAAAAGACGGAAGGAAGGAAGACCCUGAAGUACAAGCGAGCUAGCGUGACUCCUUAUGAAAAGCGGCUAAUGAAAGUUUUCCACUUAGGAGCCCUUUCAUAUAGAUCCUAUUUCUCGUCAUCCACCAGGUCUUGUAUUCUUUCCUCAACAAUCUGUGGUAAGCUGGAGUGGGUAGGAUGGAAGGGGGAAUAACGUCCCCAGAAUUGGUGCCUUAUUAAGAAUCUCAGACUCCCUACCGAUUUGGUUUUUCAUUCAAUUAAACCACUGGGCUGACGGGAUAGGAGAAAUCCCACUUCUUGCCCGCCAAGGAAACACAUCAUCCAAUGAACAAAUCCGAUCACCUCUUUCAGUAAUCGGUCAACUGGAUCCCUUUCCACCAUGCCAGGGUCACCCGAGGGCCUGCCAGAGAAGCAAGUUCCUGUCAAGUAAUGGUCUAGUAAAACACUGAAACAAGCUAAGCUGACAUUAUUCUUCCUUCUCUCCCAGCCCGAUGAUUUUUCUGUAACUUCCAAAUAGCGCACCCAAACUCAAGCAGCAAGGCCGGUGACUCUCCCACAUGUGCGUAUGGAUCCAGCUCCCUAUUGGAAGACUGGUUUUAAGAGGGCCAGAGGUCAGCUGAAGUUGUUGAUGGUUUACCUUAUAGAUGACUCACUUUUUCUAUAUUUUCAUAACUUUGGGAGUAUUUUACGCUUUCUGCUUCAGUGGGGUGGACAAAACACAAGAUAUCUGGGCCCUAGAAGGAAAGAGGGUAUGGCAAGAUGGAAGAAAGCCUCCAUUAGCAAACAAAGUAGACUGAGUCAAGCUCGAAAGUCACCUCACAGUCAGAAUCAAAACAGGGUCAGGGGAGAUGAGUGGGGAGUAUCUUCUGUUUAGAUUUUUUGUUGUUUUUUUUUAAAAAAAAAAAAACAUCUAGAGUAUCAUUUCUAACUAGACAUUGUAGCAGAAGCUAAUAUUCAUUAAUGUUGUUCCUCUUAAUGUGGAAAUUUGGUCACCCCAGAACCUUUUGUUUUUUUAAUUUUGCUUUUACUUUCCUGAUUUGGAAAUUCAAUUUCUGUAUUCAAAUUGCAAAAGCUGAGAAAUAUGUACUGCCUAGCCUACACCUUCAAGUCCAAUCUUUCCUAUAAGCAAUUAAAUUAACCAUAUUCGCAAGCUGUGCUAAGAAGUAAUUUGUUCUUCUAGCUAACAUCAAAAGAACUUAAGACUUUGUGCUAUAAUAUUAAACACUGAUCGAGAGUGAUCCUCUUCUUCAUUCUGACCUGUCAUUCAGUCAGUUAGUAGUUUUCCAACACAUACAGGGUCCUGGUGAUUACAAGGCCGCAACAUAUGUGCACUAAGUCCUCUGCCCUUGAGGAGAGCUCACCGUCAGCGAUUAAUUCUGGGGAUGGUGAGAAACCAAAACUUUGGGGUCCUCUGUUUCCUAAAGAUUCUUCUCCAGCUCUUUUUUCUUAAUGGAGUAUUUCAGUGCCUGGAUUUAAGUCUUUGGCAUAAUAUCUUGCAGAUGAAAUCAGUCCCUCAGCAGUAGAUGGAUUGGCUCGCAUAGACACAGCAAGCUACAAGUGUCUAAGGUCAUCAAGUCCAUCUUUUGUGUUUCAGAGAGAGACAGUAUCAAAACGAGAGUCUUUAAUCUUGCUCUUCACCUAUAAAUCUUACAAGUGCAAUUCUUUCUAAAGAUCCAAACCCCAGAGUCUUUUUUGAAGCUCCUUUCCUUCCCAGAAAAGCCCGUCCCUCUGGAUAUUUCCAAAAGAGAAAUCUUUCAGCUCAAAUCCUUCACAUUUUUUUUUUUUUUUUUGGAUUCUGCAUUUGUUGCUUUGAUUCCUGAUAGUGUUCAUUGGAUUAGGACUUUUACAGACUGUUUGAUUUAGCAUCCUCCUCAGAUAAUAUGAAUAUGUCACAAAUGAAUUUGGCAGAGAUACCGUCCCUGAGAUCAAAGGUUUGAGAAACCCCUUCAUUUGGCAAACACGGGCUGUUUAGUGACAUUUCCCCGGUGUCUGAUGAUAUAUCUCGGAAGAACUGUCGCUUUCUUUUUUCUUUUUGGACAAAUGCCUAGGUAAAUGUGAGUUUGUGAGUUGUAUUUGUUCAUGCUUCUAAGGGUAACGGGAGAAUGAGAAGUAGAUGUGUCCUGAUUUCAAACAUGCCGGUCACAGCUCCCUAAAAAUUGCAUCAUAUCACAGCAUAAAUGCAACUUCAUUGCAUUCAUCCGUCCCAUUUUGAGCUCCGUGGCACACUGUCUUCCCAUUGUGACUUUAAUAUGGAGUGAGUGACGUAGCUGCUGGCCAAGAAGGCGGGAUUUGUCGCUGAGCUUGAGUGUGAAGUCCAGCAGUAGCCAAUUUGUUUCGAUGUUUCCCUUAACCGACCUGAAUCUGAAUGGUAAAAUUCCAUUCAGGAAAUCUGCCGUUUUGUUGUUGCCGUUGCUGCUGUUAUUGUUUUUUGCUUGUUGGGUAGAGGAGUAUUUUAGUUAUAAGAAAAAAAUUCCCCUAGCCCUUAAUUCCUUUACGCAAGGAUGUCAUCUAGGGUACUCGGUGAAGCUACGUGAGACUGGCUGCUGCUGCUGCCUAUCAGUGAAAUACAGACACUGAUCAAGUUCCAGCGUUCCCUCCUGGAGGACAUCUGGGCCCUUUUGGCUAUGCCCUUCCACGCCUAGGUGUUCCCCCAUUGGAGGGAAGGAUAGUUAGAAAUUGUUUCGGACUGUAUGUUUUCCUAACAUACUUUAUGUGCUAAUGCUGUUCUACAAACUCUACUACGAGCUAUUUUCUCAUCACCGAGACAUUUGAUUCAGAGUUGCAUAAGCCCCGGAGACUGUGGGGGCUCUGUCCUGCCUGGCUUCUCAAUCUGGAUGUUUCAUUUGUAAGUCUCUCGCACUCGGAGUAUUUGCUAAUGUCAGCACUAGCCUGUGUAUAAGGAGCAGAAGGCUAAUUUCAUUGUGCUAGAAUGACGACAGGGCGCUGUCAGUGUUCUCUUGUUCUCACUUCUUAGCGCAUUUCGGGAACCAGGCUUUUAUUCAGAUGAUCGAGUGCCACUGAAAGUACGCAUCCAGCUCCAGGGAUGCAAAUGGAAAAGUAUCUUUCCCCAUCCCUAUGAGGCGAGGACCCUCACAAACAAAUGCAAUGCCGGGGAAUCGCUCCCGUGGUAUAGCAAACAACAACUUGUGUUCGGCUUGCUAUUUCUAUGCUAUUGUCAGGCUGGAUGUGUUGCUUUAAUAGAACUUUCUCUUUCCCCAAACCCAUUUCUUAGAAGGCUAUGGACAUAUCACCACAGAAGGGCCAGAACCAGAAACGAAAGCCGUUUUCCUUUGGGCGCCUUUGCCUGAUCGUGCAAGUCUUUCUGUCCCCUGGGGAUGGCACUGGCCUUUGUGGGAGAAAUGUCAUUACUCCAUACAAAGUUUCCAGGAAAGUGGAAAACUAGAAUGCGGGGGACACAAUUAGAGCAUGCCAAGGGACCCCAGGCUGUGGAAAGGUGUAUCAUUUAACGUCACGAUGUCGGAACUGGGAUUGACCAGCGUCCACUAUACCAUCUCUAAUCUAUACCCUGAGUGUUGUUUGUCUCCUGGCCUGGUUACUCAAAGCAAAGCCUCAUGAAGUCUCAAGGGUCUUCAGACCAAAGUAAGAUCCAUUUCCACGAUGUCACCCCGGGUAACCAUUCAAAUUAGAGGAUCAUUUCAGAAGUUCCCUUUGAGCUUGAAAUCUCAUUUCAACUGAAGCCAAUUUGCCUUCUGUUUUGUGCAGCUCUCCUUACAGCAAUCCACAAGGUGUCUUUGUUCUUACCAAGCAUGUGAUUCUUGUAAAAUUUUCAGUAAGUUGCGCCAUUUUGUACAGGCCAGGGUAACCGUUAUAAUGCCAAGCAAUGACUACAGUGUCGUGUAGUUCUGCCAGUCGGAUUUCUUUUGUUUCCUAUGGAUAGAAUUGUUCGUAUUCUGCUUGGUUUGGGGUCUUUCUUUUCAGCUUUGUGUUUCCAGUGUGUUGCCCAGUUACACAUUUUGUUUUCGUUUGAUUCUGAAUACAGUGAUACUCUGUGUAAAAACA